CGGAAAUCGUAGUUUACACGUUUUAGUCACUUCGCGUUCUUCGACAUGGAGAUUACACUGAUAAAGAGGAUUGGAAGUGGUAGCUAUGGUGUUGUAUAUGAAGGAAUUUGGAUAACAAAUACUCGUAAAUGUGUGAAGGUUGCUGUGAAAUGUUUGGAAAAAGGCAAUAAUAAAGAUUCGGAAACAAAUAUUCUUCGAGAAAUCCGCAAUCUACAAGAACUCAAGCAUGAAAAUAUUGUCACAUUCCAUGGCGCCUAUCGCCAAAAAAACAUAUGCCUCAUUUUCGAGUACUCAGACUGUGGAUCACUCUAUGAUUACUUGCAAAAAAAAAUCGUUAGAGUUUCAAAUAUCGAAAAGCUUCACUGGAUGUUGCAAUGUGCCAAUGGCAUGGAAUAUUUGCACAGCAAAAAAACAGUGCAUCGCGAUCUUAAAACACAAAAUCUGUUGCUUUUCAAUAAUUAUCGCACAUUGAAAAUAUGCGAUUUUGGUACUGUAAAACAAUAUGCAACAGAAAAUACGGAACUUAUUGGGACAAUUGGUUAUAUGGCUCCAGAAGUUUGUACUGCUGAUGGUAAAUAUACGGAAAAGUGUGAUGUGUUUAGCUAUGGGAUCACUUUCUGGGAAGUAUUCGCUGAAAAGAAGCCAUUUGAUGAAUUAAAGAAAAAAAAUAUGCACCCUUUAGCCAUCCAAUACAAAAUUAGUAAUGGUGCUCGUCCAGAUAUAAAUGACAUGCACAUUUGUAAGGAUUCUGAUCUUAUAAAGGCAAUAAUUGAAAAGUGUUGGGAUCAAGAUCCAGAUAAUCGACCGACUAUGAAACGUAUUGUCGCUUUUUUAGGAAUUGAUUUAAGACUUUAUAUACCUCUAAACUUCGAAGAUAUAGAGAUUACAGAAUGUGUAAGUUUAAGAAUGGUAGAUAUGGUCUCGGCUGUAAUGAAAAUUGGCGAGCUGGAUUUUUAG